AUGAGAGUUCUGUUAAACUUCUUAUUGCCUUAUGUGAAAAAACCAUGUAAAGUUGCACCAGAGGCCUUCAUAAAAGAGGAAGAUGCAAAAGGCAGUUUGGAAAGCUUGGUUGAGGUCCUGCACAAGGAAAAUCAGGAGGAAGGUGAAAAAGUUAAAAGGGUUAAAGCAAAGGCAAGAUGCAGGUAUGUUACGAAACUGGUCCGUUUCCCAAAAUCUGAAAUGCUUAAACAAAGAUGUGGUGAGGUUACUAGAAAGAUCAAGCGAAUUCGUUUUAUCAAGAUCCAUGGAUUUGGGCGCUUUCAGAGAAGAUGGUUGACAAUCCCAAAGUUUUCUUCCCAAAUGAGAUAUACCAAACUAGAUUAAUUUAUAGUCCAUAUGUUUUAUUUGCAACUAAGACAUGCAAUAUUGCACUGGAGGACUUCUACAUCAUCCAUGAUGUUAGUAUAAGCCUUUUCUCACGGCAUUGUAUGAUAAUAAAGUCUACUUAAAUUGUGGAAACCACAGCGAAAUGAUUUCAGUAUCCACUAGACAGCAUAGUAAAAUAUUAACUAGCCA